AUGACCGAUGUUGAUGAAAUAAUUUGUUACAUAAAAUCAUUAAAAAAAGGAUUUGAUAAACAACUAUUUGAGAGUAAGAUAGAGGAUUUAGCUUAUGUUGCUCAUAAUACUGGCAUAGAAGAUGAUGAUUUUCAUACGUUAUUUAAAGUAUGGUUGAAUCUGAAUAUUCCAAUUAGAAAAUGGAUAAGUUUAGGUACUUGCAUUUUACCUCAAGACAAUGUUGGACAAAAUACUAUAGAAUAUGCAUUAAGGUGGCUUCUAGCAAACCAACUUGAUCAAAGUUUUUAUCAAAGAAUUGGCUUUCUUUUAGAUUGGUUGACAGCUGCAAUGGAUUCCGAUUCAAUAGACAUGGUAGCAUUAGACAUGGGAUAUGAAGUGUUCUACAAUUUUCUUUCAUUUGAAGUACUAACUCCUCAUGUAAUUAAACUCAUUUAUGUCCUGACAAAACCACACGAUGUUACACGACAAAGAGUAAUUCUGCUACUAGAUCAUGCAAAAAAGAGAGAAGUAAAAAAGAAUCUACUGCGACAGUUGCAAGUAAUAAUUGGGCUUUUCAAAACAUACAAACCUGAAUGUGUCCCUGAGGAUGUACCGUCUAUAUCUGUUCACACUGUUUUUAAGAAGCUCAAUGUUGGCCUCCUUGAAGGAUUUCAUAAAUGCCAGACUCGAAGAAAUAACAAAAGAGCAGAGAAGCAAAGGCUCUUAUGGAUAAAUCCAAUGAAUAUGAAAGACACCAAUAAAAAAGUAUUUCCACUCAUACCGAACAUGAAGUUUUUGCACGUUGGAUCUACACAGUAUAACCAAAAGGAACCGGAGAAAACUUAUCUAGAUUUUUCUGAGCCAGUAUCACUACUACAGUAUAGUUUAAAUCAUAAUAUGUCUCGCCCUACGCGCCUCCGUACUUUGCUAUGUAAUCCAACAGGGCACACACUGUUAUCACUGACAGAUCAGCAACAGUAUAGUUUUUUUAUGUACGAUUUGCAUCACAUACUCUCUGAAUGUUUCUUAAGUCAAUCGCCUCACAAUUACGUUGAAAAGGCAAGCUUCUUGAACCAGCUGGCUACAUUCCAGUCUACCUUGAUGCAAGGAUUACCUGUAGUCACGAGAUUCUUGGCUCAACUCCUACCGUUUUGGAAUGAAUUGGAUUAUUUUCCGGAGAUAAUGUCACUUCUGGUGUGGGUGAAUGUGGAGAGUCCAGAGUUUGUUGAAGAAAUCUUUGACAAAAUCUCGAAGAUUUAUUGCAGAUCACAUCCAAUGCAACAGUGCCUUAUAGUGAGGGUGUUGACCUCUUUGUAUGGGAACCUGAUUUAUACAAGUUCAAGACCAUCAAACUGUUUCACAUUAAAGAAACCAUCAGAAGAGAAAUUUAAAAAUGUAAUUAGUAUUGCUGGGUCGAGUAUAAGCGAAAUGUGUUGCAAGGGGAUGCAAAUCAAUCCAGAAGACAUUCGCAUAGUACAUACUAGCUUGCGAGCGCUUGUAUCAUGUGCUCAGAGUUCAGAAUGGAUCGGCCGAGGUAUGAGUGUUGGUGCGGUGCCCAGGCCGUUCCUGUUGGCACUGCCUCUCUUAUCAAAGUGUGCGAUACUACUUGAAUCGCUCGCUGAGUUACUGAUGAGAUAUAAGCUCAUCAUAUCAGCAUACAAAGAAAACCACGGCAAAGACCAGAUUUACAUUGAACGAAUGAAAGUACUAAAGCUUUACUCUAUGGAUUUUAUAAAUUGCCUUUCGGGACAAUUUCUCAGCGGACGCGAAAGGGGAUUUGUUUUUUCUAACCUCCAGCCCCUUUUGAUUAGUAAACUGACUAACUCGAUACCCAAUGUUGAGGAAGAAUUAACAAUAAAGAAUCAUUUAGCCUUCGCUCCAUAUACAUACAUGAGGAUACAAGGCACUGAUCGAGUUAUUGAAGAGACAAUCGUUCAUGAGGCUGUGUAUCAAGAAUUUGAACAUUUAAACAACUUUGUUACUUUGGCGACAUCGAGGUAA